AUGGAUGUCACGUCAUUGUACACAAACAUACCGCAUGAGGACGGUAUUGCUGCAUGUAAAGAAGUAUGGAACAACAGAAGUGUUAAGAUCCCUCCUACUGAAAUGCUAGUGGAAUUGCUCACGCUGGUUCUUAAAUGCAACAAUUUUGUGUUCAAUGACAAGCAUUACCUUCAAAUUCAAGGUACAGCGAUGGGAACAAAAAUGGCACCUUCAUACGCAAACAUAUUCAUGGGCCGUCUUGAGAGGCAAUUACUCUCGACGGUCACAUUGAAGCCGCAUCUAUGGUUACGCUUUAUAGACGAUGUGGAUAUGCAAUGGACUCAUGGCCGGGAAUCUCUUCAAACAUUCCUUGACCAUGCAAACAGCUUUCACCCAUCUAUAAAGUUCACCAGUGAGGUUUCAAAUGAAAGACACGUGUUUCUUGACACAGUAUCAAAGCUUAAAGAUAACAAAAUUGUUGUUGACCUGUAUUCAAAACCUAGCGACACCCACCAGUAUCUUCUCACCACAAGCUGUCAUCCUAAACACUGUUGCCAAAACAUUCCCUAUAGUCAGGCACUGCGAAUCCGCCAUAUAUGCUCAGACACAGAAACGUAUCAAGAAAGAACAGAGGAGCUAUCAGAACACCUCCUAAAAAGAGGCUAUUCCUCAGACUGCGUUCUCGCUGCUACCGAAAAAGCACUUGCAUUCUCAAGGGAAGAACUGCUACAAUACAAACACAAAACAACUGAAUCAAGCAAACGCACACCUUUUGUGGUCACGUUCCAUCCAAAUCUGCCAAACAUACAUGCAACUGUAGACAGACACUGGCCUACAAUUGAGUCAUCACAGCGGCUCAGUCGUAUGUUCCCUGAGAAACCCCUCAUCGCAUACAGAAGGCCUAAAAGCCUGCGAGACAUUCUAGUUCGGGCCAAAGUCAAGUCGGCUACAGACACAACCAGUUCAGGCCAGUCAGGUCCUUGUGGUGCCCCAAGAUGCCAAACAUGCACUACCAUGCCAAGCACCAGUACAUUCCUUUCCUCCAAUGGAAGCAAAUCUGCAAGCGUGAAUGGGCAUGCUGUCGGGGAAACAAAACAGACGCUAGCAAAGCGAAUGAAUCUCCACAGAUCUGACUGGAAAACACGCAAAUUCAAUCGGUCGCCGGUAGCUGAACAUUUUAACAUGGAGGGUCACACCUUUGCGGAUAUCCUACUUUGUUGCAUUGAAUUCAAUGACAGAUGGACGGAUAAGCAAAGAAAGGAAAGAGAAACCUACUGGAUCCGCCGUCUCAACACCUUACAACCUAUAGGCAUCAAUAAGGGAGACUAG